CCAUUUUCAUUCAGAACGCUUUUGGUUGCGAUCGAAUACUGACUGAUCCGCAUUUACAUAUAUUGUAGAACUUGUAAGACGGUAAAAAAAAACUAACGUUAAAGUGUUAAAGGUGUUAAUAUUAAAAAUUUUAAAAAAGGAUUAAAAGCUAUUGACAGUUAUUCAUAGCAAUAUCAUGAACUUUUAACUGAGUUUUAUAAGAGUGAACCAAUAGAUAUAUAAGUCAUAAGACAAAGUGCUAUUAGUGUUUUAGGAAAAAAAUAAAUAAAUAUUUUAUAAAAAAAAUGGCCGAUACUGAAAUAAUUAUUACCAAUAGCUCAGAGCCAACAACAAAAGCUAGUCUUAUCGUGGUAUCAAAUCGUUUACCAUUCAUAUUGGUAAGAAACCCGAUAACCGGAAAAUUGGAACGUAAAGCAAGUGCUGGUGGUCUAGUAACAGCUGUUUGUCCAGUAGUUAUACGAGGUAAUGGUUUAUGGGUUGGUUGGUCGGGUAUUCAUUUAAGCAAUCCCGAUGAACCUAUACCGGAAUCAAAUCCAACUGAUCAAACUCCUACAGCUGGUCUUAAAUCGGAUCAGGUUGUUUCGGUGAAUAUAAAUCCGAAAAUAUUUGACAGCUAUUACAAUGGCUGCUGCAACAAGAUUUUUUGGCCCUUAUUCCACUCCAUGCCGGGAAGAGCAACAUUCGGUGCUGAUCAUUGGAAUGAUUAUAUAACUGUUAAUAAACAUUUUGCCGCUCGUACGAUUGAAGCAUUACAGAAAUGUUUAAACAAUAAUAAUGGAAGUGAAAAAAAUCCACCUAUUGUAUGGAUACAUGAUUAUCAUUUGAUGUUGGCAGCCAAUUGGGUAAGAGAACGUGCCGAAGAAUUGAAUUUGCCCUGCCGUUUGGCUUUCUUUCUACACAUACCCUUUCCACCAUGGGAUAUUUUCCGUUUGUUCCCUUGGUCCGAUGAAAUUUUACAGGGUAUGUUGGGUUGUGAUUUGGUGGGUUUCCAUAUACAAGAUUAUUGUUUGAAUUUUGUGGAUUGUUGUCAGCGUAACUUGGGUUGUCGUGUUGAUCGUAAUAAUUUGCUGGUGGAACAUGGCGGUCGUACGGUUAGGAUAAGACCUUUGCCUAUUGGUAUUCCUUAUGAGCGAUUUGUGAAUUUGGCUCAAAAGGCCCCGAGUGUUUUAAAGUCUACUGGUGAUCAAAAAACAAUAUUGGGAGUAGAUCGUUUAGAUUAUACUAAAGGUUUAGUGCAUAGACUCAUGGCUUUCGAAGUACUUUUAGAGAAAUAUCCUCAACAUAAGGAAAAGGUGUCUUUACUGCAAAUUUCCGUACCUUCUCGUACAGAUGUUAAAGAGUACAGAGAAUUAAAGGAAGAGGUAGAUCAAUUGGUGGGACGUAUUAAUGGACGUUUUACAACUGCUAACUGGGCUCCCAUAAGAUAUAUUUAUGAUUAUGUGGCUCAAGAUGAAUUGGCUGCAUUAUAUCGUGAUGCUGCUGUUUGUUUAGUAACGCCUCUAAGAGAUGGCAUGAAUUUAGUGGCCAAAGAAUUUGUAGCUUGUCAAAUGAAUGCUGUUCCGGGAGUUUUAAUCAUUUCCCCGUUUGCCGGAGCUGGUGAAAUGAUGCACGAAGCUUUACUAAGCAAUCCUUACGAAGUACAUGAAGCCGCCGAAGUUAUACACAGAGCUUUAACAAUGCCAGAAGACGAACGAGUAUUGCGUAUGAGCCGCCUGAGACGACGUGAAGCCGAAUGUGAUGUUAACAAUUGGAUGCGUUGCUUUUUAAAGGCAAUGGGUACUUUGGAAAUGGAUGAUGUGGGUACAACUACAAUGCAGCCGGUUACUGUAGAUGAUUUCGAUGAUUAUUUAUUGAAAUAUAUUGGCUACAAUCACAAAUUGGCUUUACUGUUAGAUUACGAUGGUACUUUGGCACCCAUCGCUCCACAUCCCGAUCUGGCUACCUUAUCGCCAGAGAUUAAAAAUGUUCUCUUUAAACUAUCCAAUCAUUCGGAUGUUUAUGUUGCCAUUAUAUCUGGUCGUAAUGUUGAUAAUGUUAAAAAAAUGGUUGGCAUAGAGGGUAUAACAUAUGCCGGCAACCAUGGUUUAGAAAUUUUACAUCCCGAUGGUAGUAAAUUUGUUCAUCCAAUGCCUAUUGAAUUUGAGGAUAAAGUUAGUCUGUUGUUGAAGGGACUACAAGAUACGGUUUGUCGUGAUGGUGCUUGGGUUGAGAAUAAAGGCGCUCUGCUUACAUUCCAUUAUCGUGAAACUCCUAAUAAUCUCAGACCCGCCAUGAUUGAAAAGGCCCGAAGUCUUAUGGUAAAAUAUGGUUUUAAGCCUACCGAAGCUCAUUGUGCUUUAGAGGCACGUCCCCCUGUGCAGUGGAAUAAAGGUCGUGCUUCUAUUUAUAUACUUCGUACAUCUUUUGGUGUGGACUGGAGUGAGCGCAUAAAAAUCAUCUACGUUGGUGACGAUUUAACAGACGAAGAUGCUAUGGUUGCCCUAAAAGGUAUGGCUCGAACUUUCCGUGUCACUUCCUCCGAUAUUGUUAAAACUGCUGCUGAUCAUCGUUUACCCUCAACGGAUUCUGUUUAUACUAUGCUUAAAUGGGUUGAACGUCAUUUUAUGGGUCGUAAAGCGAGAGCAAAUUCAUUAACUUAUCGCAAUCCCCGCGGUGAUGGUGUACGUUCACAAAUGUCGCUGGAAAUGUCGUCGAAGUCAAAUACCCUAGAUGUGGAACAUGUUUGAAGUGAAUAAACC